AUGUCGCAUGUACAGGGAUGGCAAAAUCAGGCCGGCAUUCUGCAAAGCCUUGCGCGCAUCGACUCACCUCUUCUUGGCCUCAAUGGCAUCGUCUCACCACAAUCUCCCUACGACCUAGACGGCUUUCCUUUGUCAGGAAGUCCCGCCUUCAACGCUCACCACAGGCAUCAGUCUCUGCAGUACUUCCCUCAGCAGAUGGCAAGAGCAUCACCUCACCUGCAGCAAGUGCGCGAGGAUGACGAAGAAGACGAAGAGGAUUACGCCAAGAGUCCAUCCAAGACGCCAGAGCCCCCUAAGCCACAGCAAGUCGAAAUGCAGGCCGAAAUGCAGGACGCUCAGUACCACCUCGAAGAGCAGCUCCGCAACCAGCUCGAGCAUGAGGACUACAAUCCCCAGACCCAGAGCAACUCUGCUACCAACCAUGAGAAUCUUGCUUCCGCCCAUGACCGUCAAGCUUCUGGCAAUUUGGCUGUUUCAGAGCACUUUGCCAAUGACCAGGCCAAGCCAAUUGUUCUUCAUCAUCCCCGCCCUCACAGUCGUGGCCAGUCCCUUACGCAAACAUUCUUCCGAGACCACGAAGCGCAAGCUGAUGGAUCCGACUUUGGUCGACUCAAUGGCAUUCCCGAGUCUAACAAACCCGAGGGUGAUGAAGCCUACGAGAUUGAGACAAAUCCUAGUAAUCUGGGCACUCCUGUGCAAAAUUUCGAUUUCCCUGCCAUGCUACACCAACAUCAAAAGACCAUGUCAAGCGCAAGCAAUCCCUGGAAUAAUGCCAACGAGUCGGUCGCGCUUUCUGAUCAAGAAAGGAAAACGUCAACUUCGAAGCUCAAUGUCAAGGCGCCUGAGUUCAAGUUCAAUCCUACAAGCAACUUCACCCCUGGCGGACUCAAUUUCUCUUCUGCUUCUACUUUCCAACCUGGCGCAGCAAGCUUCCAACCUGCAAUAUUUCAAGCUGGAGUCGAGGACUACGUCGAGCCGGAUCCUCAUAUGACCGAAUUUGGUAGCAGCGCUUUUGGUAUGACCGCUAGCUUUCCUUCGUUUGCUCCAAGCCAGAGCAAAUUUAGCUUCUCUACGUCCGGACCCAAGUUUAGACCUGACGCGCCGUCAUUCACCCCAUUUCAACCCCUUGUCAACUCACUGAACAAAUCUGAGAAGGGGCACCAAGGGCGCACAGACUCCAUCUUCGGAAAUAUCAACAUCGACACGAGCGAGAUUGUCCACCCCACUCGCACUUCCAAGGCCAUCCCUAUCGUUCGGCCAUCUAGCAGAUCGUCGGCGAAGUCGCCCUUGCCGGGUGUUGCUGAAUGGCCUAACGACGAAACCGACAGCGAUGGCCGUCUCGUCCAGGAUGAAUCACGAGCCAAGCGCGCCAGGAGUCUUGCACCAGAAAACCAAGAUAUAGCUCCAUUUGCACAGAUGCCUCUCGCCAGCAUAUCGGAAAGCACCCAUGACAAAUCUCUGCUCAUUGACACUUCAAUAUCGUCCGCUGGCACUGCAGAUGAGGUAGAGACCAAGCACACCACUGUUGUACCUCAGGAAAGUUUACCGUCUGCUAAUAACGAUGAAUGGCAGCCCCUGCAGACCGUCAAAGAUGCCGUUAUCAAUAGCCACAAGGCCCAACACUCCGCAGAAUUGAAAGCGAAGAAGCAAGCCCACAAGAGAAACUCGCUCUCCGCUACUGCUAUCCCGUUCUCGCCCGGCGCUCUUUCUUAUGGAGAGGAGUCACCGACCACACUGACCCGCGCAGAGCCAAGCCCUGUCAAGAUGACGCACUCUGGUUCCAUUUCCGAUUUGAAGAAGAUUACUCCAAAGAUCUCGGGCGAGUCUCAAUUUUCAUCCCCCUUACCCUCCGCCAAACCAAAGGGUCUGAAAGCUUCUCGCUUUGCGCAGCCCGAGCUCCAGCCCGCUCCUGCUUCUUUACCGGAGCCUCGACCCGAAGAGAUUGCCUUGAAGGACACAUUUGCCAAUGUCAUGCCAUCUAUUGAGGCUCAAGACACACUGAUUGAACUUGGCGAGGAGUCCGUCGAGACGGACGCUAAGACGGAUGAGCCUACAUUUGAAGAGAUUGACGCCGUCAUGCAACAAAUGGAGACCGAUCCGAGCAUGGGCGUCAAGAAGAAGCCACUGCAGAAGUCAAUGUGGAACCAGACCAGCCCAAUCGCCAGCCGACAGCCCUCCUACACGUUACGCGCCGUCGCGCACGACUUCGUUCCUCAGUUCGAUCAGCCAGUUCCUCCGUACCCCAAGGAAUCGCAGCUGGAGGACCCCUUUAUCGACCCGCCUGACGCCUGGGACAAUGAACAGCAGCACGUUGGUAUGCCUUCCAGCGACUGGGAAGGCGCUUUCUCCGAAGAGGAGCAUUCCAAGCUCGAGAACAGGACCCAGUUCUUUGAUGGCAGAGUCAACGAGAUUGUUGGUAGCCUACUAGCGUCUCGCCUCGAGCCCAUGGAGAGAACACUACUUUCAAUCCAGUCUGCUCUCGGUAGUAAGAGCCAUCGUGCUCCAUCUCGGCUCGAUAUUAGAAGCACGACUGGUGAAAACCAGGAAAGCGAUGCUGAUGACGAGGACGAUGAGUUGGUCAUCAAGCGUUCCAUGAGCCCGCGCAGAGAUCGCCGCAUGGAUCAAAUCCGUGUCGCCAUAACCGAAGCUUUAGCUUUACAGCAGCAAAAUGUCCAACCAGCCAUUGAGGCGCCAGCCGUCGAACACCUGUCUAUCUUGUCUGCUCUCGAAGAGAUGAAGCAGCACAUCAGCACAUUGAAGAACACACUCGAUGUCGACCGUGACCUCGGGAAUGGGCAUGCUGAAGAUAUGAGACGUGCGUCUCAAUCUGAUGAUGCUAUCCUCGCUAAACUGGAUCAACUGCAAACAAAGAACAUUGACCUGGAGCAGCGCCUGCAGUUCGAGCAGCAAAAGAUCGAAAAGGAAGUCCAGGAGCGUCGGGAGGCAGAGGACGCUGCCGCUGAGCUAAGCCGCAAGCUGAACGCUGCCGAGACUCGCGUCGAAGUUGAAAUUAUCAACAAAAGUGUAUAUGACCAGCGUGUGGGAGACCUCGAAGAGCGUCUCAGAUUGCAAGAAGAAAAGACGGAAGAGCAGCUCAAGCAGCGCCGCCUACUUGAGGAUAAGCUUUGUGAUGUCCAGCGUCAACUCAAGCAUGCUUCUGAGGAAGAAAGUCGCCUUACCGAAACCCUUGAGGACCGUGAUCGCAGGAUCAAGGAGUUGGAGCAGGCUGCCGGCAAGAAAGCUAUGCGUAUGACUCUGCUGGAGGCUGCUUCUAACAACGCAAGUCAGUCUCAGAGUGAAAUGACCAACAAGCUCAACGCUUUGGAAGGUGACUUGAAGGAGGUCCGCCAGGACAACACGCACUGGCGCACGGAGGCUGAGCGAGCUGAUGAGAACGCUCGCCGCAACGCUGGCGAGCUUGCUGUUGUUCGCGACGAGAAUAAGAGCCUUCAGAACUUUCUCCAGACUCUCACUGCUCAGCUGCAAGAGAAUGAACGUCUCCGUGAAUCCUGGCGAGGCAAGUUCAUGUCUCUUCAAGAGGACAUGGCUAAUGCUGCUCGUGAGGUCGCCGAAGAGAGUGCCAGACGCAUAAAGAAGGACCAGGCUAUGCUUGCCCGCCAAGAAGUGCUCGAUGCCAGAUUACAGGCCGAAGCAAAGACGCGUGAGCGUCUCGAAGUUGAGAUGGAACGCCUUCAAACCAAUGAAAGAAGCGGCAUGCGUGCUCUCAACGAAUGCACACGCCUUGAGGGGAUCCUUGGUCAACUUCGUACCGAGAAAGACAAGCUCCAGCAGACGGCUUCCCGCUACCAGCGUGAGUUUGAAGAAGCUCGUGAGUCGGGCGCCAGCGAGGUCAAGCGCACAAGAAUGGCUCUGCAAACCGAGAUUGACGCAGCCAACCACCAGGUCAACAUGGUCCGCCGGGAGCUUGAAGAUCAAAAUGCAAAGCUCCGUGCUGAGAUUGACAAUAUCAGACUCGAGGCCGACACCGCCAAGGAGCGUAAUGAGAUGCUCCUGGAGGGAGAGCAAACCUCUAAGGCCCAAGCCCUAGAAGAACUUCAGCGCAAGCAUCAGAACGAGAUUGAGGACAUGCAAACCCGCUAUGAGCGCCAGAUCGGAAAUGCUGCUGAGGACAACCAACGAUCGGAGGAGGCGUUAUUGGAGCGCCUCAGCCUAUCCUCGUCCAAGAUUGAACAUCUCAAAGACCGCAUUUUGCACCUCGAAGACAAGCUCGAGAUCUCUAAGCAGGCCGCUGCUGCUGCUGCGCAGGCUGCCAAGGUGGCGGGAGUCGAGUCCGCCCAUGCCGCUGCUCCAGGUGCUGUUCCAGUUGUUACAAAUCGCACUGCAGUCGCUUCUAAACUGCCCGAAAAGAUCUCACCCCAAGCCCUCCGUGAAUCAAUCAUGGUUCUCCAGGAGCAGCUCCAGGCCCGCGAGCAGCGCAUUGAAGAGCUUGAACAAGACGUUGCCAAGCUGGAUCCUGAAGCAUCUUCCAAGAUUUCGAAGCGUGACGACGAAAUCAGCUGGCUGCGUGAGCUCCUUGCUGUAAGACACAGCGAUCUGCAGGACAUCAUCGCGACCCUGGCUAUUGACUCCUUUGACCGCGAGAGAGUCAAGGAUGCCGCCAUUAGACUCAAGGCCAACCUACAAAUGGAGGAGCAGGAGCGCGAGCGAGCAAUGAACGGCGGCUCAGCUAUUACUCUGCCCAACAUUGCUCAGAGCAUCCAAGCCGCUACUCCGCGAGUCGCGCAGACCAUCGGCUCUAGCCUGAAUGCCUUUGAUCGAUGGAGAAAGUCCAGCCACCCGUCGUUCUUGGCUGGCGUGCUCAACUCGCCCUCGGCGGGUCCUGCCUCCACGCCCUCGCGAAGCAAAGGCCCAAGUGCCCAGCAGUCCAAGCUUCUCAGCGGGCUUCUGACGCCUCCUGCGUCUGGCCUUCGUCAAACACCCACGGCUGAUGGCAAGCCUCAGCCUACUGCUUUUGCCAGCACUGGACGCCGGUUCCCGUCUCACGGCAGUGCCCACAACCGUCCACGCGGAGAGUCUGAAUCUUCUGCUCUGGUGGAGGAGGAGGGAUAUGGGGCUCCAGCGGACAGCACGCCGCGGCGUCGCCAGGAACAGCCAGCGGACCCCGUCACGCCGCCCAUGAUACGCCAGAGUGGCUACGACUCUGACGCUCAGCCUGGCGACUUUGAUGACCAUGACUUCUUUGAGGAUUGA